AUGGUCCUCCUGACGUUUCGGGGAGAGACGGUGUGCCGCGCCUCGGAGUUCGUCAAGACCUGGUCGGGCAUCACCGUGUUCACGCUGACGGCCCUCAGCGCCGACCGCUACAUGGCCAUCGUGCGCCCCGUCAGCCACCACGUGUCCGACACUGCCGACCGCGUCACGGUCAUCGUCGCCGUCGGCAUCUGGGUGUUCUCGGCCAUCCUGGCGCUCCCCGCGGCCCUCUUCUCUCACGUGCCCGACAAGUUCACGCCAACGGGGGAGAAGUACCACAUCUGCACCCCCUUCCCGCCGUACCUGGGCGACCUGUACCCGAAGAUCCACACACUCGUCAAGUUUAUCGUGUACUACGUGCUCCCGCUGGUGCUCAUCGCCACCUUCUACGUGCUCAUGGCCCGCCACCUGUUGGUGUCGGCGCAGCACCUACCCGGCGAAGCGGCAGGCCAGCAGCGCCAGGUGCAGGCCCGCAGGAAGGUGGCCAAGAUGAACUCCAGCAUGAACUACAACAUCUACUGGCACUCCUUCCGCAUCGUCGGCUUCUGUCUGUCCUUCAUUAACUCCUGCAUCAACCCCAUCGCCCUGUACUUCGUCAGCGGCACCUUCCGCAAAUACUUCAACCGCCACGUCUUCUGCUGGUGCACCCGGCGGAGGCGCGGGCGCAGGAGGGACUGGGACCCCACCGACUCCACGGCCACACGCCUCUCGACGGCCCCUCGGACCGAGCACGUGCACCUGAGGAUGGUCGGGGGCGCGGACAACGGCACCCACGACGCGCCCCACCGCCUCACCCUCACCAGCACCACCAGCCUCCUCUCCUCGCGGAACUACACCAACCCCGGCUCCGUGGUGUGA